GACCGGAUAUAACUAACAUCAGUUCUUUGGUUCUGUUGCAGGAAAAUAUGGGACACCAAGGUUUCAGAUCCUUCAACAAGAUUAAGCUUCAUGUCAAAGAAGAAGGGAUUCUGGGUAGAAAAAGUUCACUGUCUGGGCACUGAGAACAGCCUGUCGGAGUGCCUUGCUCAGCUGUCAAUCCCCCGUAGUCCCACUCCUUGUAAGAACGGGAGACAUGCAGUGGUCAAAUGUGUGCCAGGACCUCAGUUUGCUCGCAUCUCUUCAGGAAGACCCCAGGCCCCCUAUCCAGUUGUGCCCGUGCGUCUGAAGGCUGGCCCCAGGCUGGGAGAGGGUCGUGUGGAGGUUCUCCGAGAAGGAAAAUGGGGAACCAUCGUGGACCACUUAUGGGAAAGAACUGCAGCCAGUGUGGUGUGCAGAGAACUGGGCUUUGGUUCUGCCAAGGAUGCCUUGCAUGGAGCCUUUAUGGGUCAAGGCACAGGACCUAUCCAUAUGAACAGUGUCCAGUGUAUGGGGUCAGAGCGCUCCAUCCUGGACUGCUACUUCCAGGAAGUCCAACCGUGGACAUUUAAACACAGCCAGGAUGCCUCAGUACGCUGUAAUGUCCCCAAGACUGGUAUAGAAAAAACGGUAUGAAAUCAACUCCAUCAGAAGUCUUGUCAGCUUUCACUGAUAGAGAAUUACCCAACCAAUUCCUUUAAUCCAAUGGUUUUUCAGGUGCGACUUGUUGGUGGUAGAGUCCCAUCAGAAGGUCGUGUGGAGGUGUUGAUGGAGGUUGGGGGUCGUAAGCGUUGGGGCUCCGUCUGUAGUGAGAACUGGAGCAUCAAUGAGGCCAUGGUGUUAUGCAGACAGCUCGGCCUGGGCUUCGCUGCCAGUGCUCAUCAGGAGACCUGGUACUGGCCCGGUGACUCAAGUGCAGCUGAUGUGAUUCUUAGUGGAACUCACUGUGUGGGCACAGAGCUUUCAAUUCAACAGUGUCGCCGCAACAACCAUGUCCAUUGUCCUCGAGGAGGUGGAACUAAGGCAGCUGGGGUCAGCUGUUCAGACACGGCACCUGACCUCGUACUGGAUGCCCAGCUGGUCCAGGAGACAGCCUACUUGGAAGACCGACCCCUCCACCUGCUGACCUGUGCCAAUGAGGAGAACUGUCUGUCUUCCUCUGCUGCCAGGAUGAACUGGCCUUACGGCCACCGACGCCUGCUGCGCUUCUCCUCCCGCAUCAUGAACCUGGGUCGGUCCGAUUUCAGACCCAAAGCAACAAGAGAGAGCUGGACCUGGCACCAGUGUCACAGGCACUACCACAGUAUCGAGGUGUUCACACAUUACGACCUGCUGACUCUGAAUGGCACGAGGAUUGCAGAGGGACACAAGGCCAGUUUCUGUCUGGAGGACACGUAUUGCCCUGACGGACUCCAGAAGCGAUUCUCCUGCUAUAACAUGGGCGAUCAGGGUAUCUCUGUGGGCUGCUGGGAUACAUAUCGGCAUGACAUCGACUGCCAGUGGAUCGACGUGACAGAUGUACGGCCUGGAGACUACAUCUUCCAGGUGGAAGUCAACCCAUCAAUGGACAUGGCUGAGUCCGACUUCAUGAACAAUGUCAUGAGAUGUCGUUGCAAAUAUGAUGGCCACAGAGCGUACAUGUAUGGAUGUCAUGCAGGUGAUGCGUACAGUGCAGAGAUCGAGGACCUGUUUGAGCACCAGAGGCAAAUCACCAACAACUUUGUGUAGCCCAUCCCACGGCCCAAAGCAAAGGCCUUCCAGUGGGGCCCAGAGACUACUCAGGGUGGGCUGAGGUCCAUGGACCCAGGUCCUUCAGACCUUAGGACCCCCAAUAAAAGACAAUACACAAAAUGGUGCCUGUUCAUCUCCUUGGCAGAUGUGGAAGAAAUAUUCAUAAGCGCAUCCUAUCACAGCAGCGACCAUCGUCCCUCCAAUGACAACAAAAGUGGAACAGGUGCCGGAUGGCUCUACAUGUUUUUUAUACUCUAUUUAAAUAAGAAUAUAUUGGAUAUUCAAUCUAUACAGAUGUUUGUGAAUGUGGACGACUAGUAACUUAAGUUAGUUAUUCAAAACAUAUACGCAUGAAAGACCUUAAUGUCGCUACAACUAAUCUGUCACUCAGACAACAGGGAAGCCAGUGCUGUUGGGAAAUGUCAUUCCCAAUCUAGAAGAUUUGAAAAUCAAAGGAAAAAAUAAUAAUAUUGUGUGUUUGUGUCAUUUCUGUUGCAAAAGGCUGAUUUAAUGCACAUGUAGCAAAAGUACUAUAAUUUGCUGUUGGCAUUAUUUUAACCAUAUUCUUUUAUUAUUGAAUUUUGUAACUCUUUUUUUACAUUAGUUCAAUAUUGGUGCUUGUUAACAAUACUGUAUGUCGUCAUAUUAACCUCAGUACGUUUCAGGUGAACAGUGUUGUAAAAUGCAUUUUGGGUAGUUUUCUCUCAAAGUUGAUUUGGUAUUUUAUCAUUGCUUUGGUUUUAACAAAAUCCUUGUUUUCUAAAAGUAUAGUACAGCGUUUUGCUUUUCAUUUAGAAUAGGUCAAAAGAUUUUUUUUAUGGAACAAAGCACUUUAUCUUUUAAACAUCAGUAUUCAAGUUUUGCCCCCAUACCUUUUUUAAUUAGCCACCAAAUUUACUUUUAAGGGUGUUUCUAAAAAAAAACAACAAUUGUGUUUUUACAUGUCAGAAAGUGAAAUAUAAGGUUUAUGUUUACUUUUCAUAUACAAUGUACUAUUUAUGCUUUGACUUUAUUUAUUCAUGAAUUUCACACAUACACAGCAUGCUCAGUUAAGAGUUUGUCAGCUUGCGCUUAAUUAACUGAAUAUAGUAAAAAAAAAUACUGAAUAUUUUUUGUUUUUCUGACGUAAUUAACAAGGGAGGAAAAAUGAUUUCAUACAGGAAGAAGUAUUAGAACGUUCCCAUGAUGCAUAUGCGUAAUUGUUGAUUUAUUUUAUUUUAGUUAUUAAAACAACUGUAACUGUACAGAUUUUCUCCUCCAGCCUCUGAUGGGAGGGAAGCCCGGUCUGACAAAACCACAGUAUUGUGGCAGGCAGGCAGGCUCGGUUUCGAGAGCAUAUAAAAAACCUUUUAAUUAGGUCUGUUUGGGUUAGACAUAAGGUUACGGUUAAGGUUAGGGCUAUAGCAUGUGCUUUAUAAAGAAACACUAUGGAAUUGUAACUUAUGGAAUCACGGAAGGAAUGAGAAUCUGAAUUUCGUUACACAAAUCUACAAGAUUCUGAGAGAUUUAGUGAGGGUGAUGGUGAUUGAAAGAAAGUUCGAGAAAGUAAGACAGAAAGAGCAAAGGGGAUGAAGUUUGGAGAAAGACUUAUGCAGACAUACAGUUUUUACUACCAGAGCUGCCUUUUUGUAGGCAGCCAUACAGAGACCACAAGCUGGCAUUUUCAGCUCCCCAACGAGAACAACAUGUUUGUCUGGGAGAAAAAAUAAACUCCUCAAUUUACGCUUGAACACUGUAAACAGUGGCCCUUUUUACUAAAGCUGUGCCUUCUGAAAUAUAUCUCUACACUUUCUUUGCUAACGUUUUAGCUGCAAACCAAACAAUGAUGCAACUCCAUUUUCUUUACAACAUGGAACUUGUGUUAAUCAUGUUGUUUUACUCCAUUAAUGUGUUUGAUGUGUUUGGCUUAAUGUCUUAGUGGUUAAACCUGUUAACAUGGUUUUCUAAUGGCCAGCUUCCAGGACACAUUGUGGAAAAGACAAGUCCCUCAUAAAGACACUUGUAGACUUAAUUUCUUUAGCACAUUGUCUUCCUCCUCACUGCUGGGCCUUUGUGAUUUUCACUCCAUGAAGAAGGCCGUAGCUUUGUAGAAUAUUCUUUAUAAUAAUGCACACCUGGUCAAACAUAACCAGCCCUAUUACUAAAACUGAUAUGCAAAUGUUAGAAGAUAGACCUGAAAGUCUAAAAUAUGUGUUUGCAGAUAUGCUUUUCUGUUGUUUUUUGCUUGUGUACAGUUGCUGUUGACAUAUUAUGGUCUGUUCUGUGUGUUAUUUAAAAUUAUAUGCCAUUCCAUAUCUUAAGUUGGUUCAUAUUCACCACUCUCAUGAUAUUACUGUAUUGUACCCAUGCUAUCGCCUUAGCACUGGGACAUUGUUUUCCAUGGCCAGUUAUGCUUUUAUUUUAUCUUUAAAGCUGAGAGUGUGAGCUACGUGGUGCUUAUCUACAAUCAUAUUCAUAGAAAGCUGUGCUCUCAGGGACUUUAACCUCAUCUAAACAGAAAAAAUAAAUGUUUCAUGUGAUGUGAUUUAGGUUACUUUUAGCUGUGAUGCAUACACUCUUACAAAAAGUAAUCUGUGCCUGCAUGUUCCUGGAGGAAAGUUAGGAUAACUGUGGAUAGACACUGGCUGAGUCAGAGGCAAAUUUCAAACAAAGACCGAAUCACAAUCCAUUCAUUCAUCA